CCUCAUUAGGGUCGCGGGGGGUGCUGCAGCCUAUCCCAGCUGUCUCCGGGCAGUAGGCGGGGGACACCCUGAAUCGGUUGCCAGCCAAUCGCAGGGCACACAGAGACGAACAACCAUUCGCACUCACACUCACACCUAGGGACAAUUUAGAGCGUUCAAUCAGCCUGCCACGCAUGUUUUUGGAACGUGGGAGGAAACCGGAGCACCCGGAGAAAACCCACGCAGGCCCGGGGAGAACAUGCAAACUCCACACAGGGAGGCCGGAUCUGGAAUCGAACCCGGUACCUCUGCACUGUGAAGCCCACGUGCUAACCACUGGACUACCGGGCCGCCCCUAUUUUUAUUUGAGCCUAUUUAUUUUGUAUGUAUUACCGUCCUAGUCACCGGUUGUUGUACUUUGCAAAAGCGCAAGAUGUGUUGAUUUACCUUUCUUUUCCAAUCGCUUGCGGUUAACCGGAUAAGAAGAGCGUUUGAUCAAUUGAUUUUAGACUUGACAAUUGCCUCUUCCCAAGGACGAUGUCACAGAAGACCCCCCAGUGUUCUGCGGAUAAGCCUUCCAACGGGAAUCCGGCGGACUCCGCUGCCAUCCCGGCAGCCGAGUGUCCCAACUCGGCCCGUCAAAACGGGGGAACGUCGUCCUCCCCGGAAAGCGGAAGCUCCAACGGCGAUACCAAGCGAAGCGGGAAAAGGCGGCGCGGCAAGAAAAGUACGCGCAAAGCGGAGACUCCCUGCGACGGAGCCAAAACCGAAGACCAGUCCGAGCGCCGAGCCGGACCGACUGCCCUGCAGGCGGAAUGCGCCAACGUGUGGUUCCAGCGAAGCGUUUACGAGCGAGCGGAGAGCCUCUAUCAGCGCUGGUUGGCCAACUCGGCCAAAGCGAGCGCAGAGUCCAACGGCUCGGCCGCGAGUCCGCCGAGGCCCCCCAUGAAGAAAACUUGUCGACUAGACGGAACGCCAGAAUCCUCACAGUGGAGCGCGACGCACUCUCAGAGCGGCUCGGUCCCCACUCGGGACUCGGCGGCGGCCCGAGCGCCCGAGGAAGGCCGCCGGUCUCCCGUAAGCGCUGGCCCCCGGCAGACGGCGCCCCCGCCCCCGACGACGACCACGAAGCGGGCGCUUAACGGGCUGUCCCCCGUUUUCGCAGAAAUGUUGGGAGACAUCUGGCUGGAAAAGCCGCUGUAUGAUCGCGCCGAAGCCGCCUUCUACCAAAGUGUGUUUGGCAACAAUUGUCGCCAAGGCUCCGCCUCCUCCGGCACGUGCCCGCCCCCAAGCUCGACGGAGGCGGGGCCGGCGGAGCAACGGCGAGCGGCGGCGCCGCCGCAGGCCAAAUCCGAAGCCUUCCACGCCCUGCACCCGAUCCAGGAGGAGGACGAGCCCGCCGAGACGCUCGGCCAACGAGAGCGACUCGACGCCGGCGCCGCCUACUUCCUUCACCCCGACGGCGAACGCGUGUGGUUGGACAAGCGCAGGUACGACGCGGCCGAGAUGCGUUUCCACGCCCGCCGCCGGGCACAAGAAGCCGGCGAAGCUCGCCGGCCCAAAACGGACACCUCAUCGCCGCCGGACGUCGCCGUCCCGUCCGGGGAAAAGUACGACCCAAGCCGCAGAUUGGAUAAGCGUCAGACAUUUGACUUCUCUUCAUACUCAUUUUCCUCUCCAUCUGCUUUUUUUUUUUUCUCAAUCGUUUCUUUUUUGUUUUUUUUCCACUCAGUUUGUUUAUUUGCUGUACGUGAUUUUUUUUCUCCACGAUUUUUGUGUUUUGCCGCCGUUCAAAGUCGCCACACGCUAGCUAGUCGAGUUCAUGGAACCAUUGAAGAGUCGCGCCACUCUGUCAUCGCGUCGAGUGUACACAAAUCGCGCACGCUCGGCGCCGCCUCGUCUCGUCCACUCAUGCCUCCGCCGCCGCCG